UAGGGAGAGAGAAAGGCGGAUGAAGAUGGUGGCGCUCAACGUCGCUUUAGUCGACAAAAACUUGAGUCCGAGUCGUCAGUCUUCUGAUAGAAAUCAGACGAGUCAACGCAGUAAUUUGAUCGAAAUGGUUCAUCCAUCAUCCAACCUCUGCUGGUUAGCAUUUCCUUUGUUGUAUGUGAUCAUCCAGUUCGCCGAUGGAAAUCCUGGAUACCCUCAUCCCAAGCCCCAUUAUUCUCCUCAGGGAUCACAACCUUACUUGCCCGCACCCACUGGAAAACGUCCAUCGUGUGCCGGACCUACUGACACUUUCUGCACCAAAGUAGACUAUUACCCCACGGAAGUUAUUGAAUAUCUAGUAAAAAGCUACAGCUUCGACUUCAAAACGCUUUUACAAGAUGAAUCGACUGAUUCUAUGAUGACUUCAAUGAUGAUAAGCAAUGCAACGGUUUCACAACCCUCCCAACAUCAUGCUGUGGUAGCAAGGCCACCUUAUAAUGGCCCUUAUGCCAACGGAAAAAUUGAGCAUGACCAUUGGCGGUCGAGGUAUGCUCCAAUGCCAUCUAGACGUCAACAGUCUUUGCAGAGCAAUAGUCGAGUAACCCGUCAAAUUGAAAACGAAGAAAAGCUAUGCCCAACAACAUCGUCGUUUAUUACACCACGAACUGCUGUCAACACUCGUGGAAACUGGAUGUACGUUGUAAAUUUAGAUGGAGCAGAUCAGCAAAACACACAGCUUGUACGAACUGAGAGAUGCGCAACGACAGAAUGUUCGGGACUCUGUCAAGUACCGGCUGGAUUUUCUGCCACCUGUUCGCAGCAAUUUGUACAGAAGCGACUAGUGGCUCUGAAUGGAAAUGGAGAGAAUCUUUACACCGACACUUUUUGGUUUCCUCAUUGUUGUAUCUGCCAGAUAAGGUCCAGUGUUUGAAAUGAAUGCUCACUUGCGGAAUGCGGAUUUAUUAAUUUUGUAUUUAUUCCUUCCAACACUUUUGCCGUCAUAUAAUUGUGCACAAUCUCUUGGGCGAUCCAAUAUACAACAAAUGAUUUUGUAAUAGGCUUGUACACACAAACUUUACCACUAGCUGCGAGUCUGAAUAAAAAUACAAUUCAUGUUCA